UAGCUAUCGUCUGGUCCGAAAAUACGAAUUACUGUCCAUUUUUGUCGAGGCUACGAAAAUUGCCCUAAAAGUCUAGAUGACAUCGAGGAACGGGAGACCCUUAUAGUAUUCUUCUCCUAAAUUUAUAAUUGUGUUUCGAGUAAGAUUUCAUGAAAGUAAGAGAAGAUCAAAAAUAGCUAUGUUGUUUUUCUUCUUGAAUUCAAUACCUUAUAUAUACAUUAUAUAUACAGUGGUUUGGUUGCUUCAUCACUUCACCAUUAACCGCCAAACUUGUUGGGAUGUGUAAACCACACGCUCUCUCUGCAAUACUGCCUCUGCUUCUAAAUUCUCUCUUUCUAGCUCUUGUUUCUGCUCAAACUAACAAGAGAUAUGAUUGGAAUACACUUAUCGGUAAUCCGCCGUUGGUCAUAGCACAUGGUGGUUUUUCGGGGAUAUUUCCUGAUUCGAGUGGUGCUGCUUAUGGUUUGGCCUUAGAAACGAGCUUACCGAAUGUCGCUCUAUGGUGUGAUGUGCAAUUGACAAAAGAUGCAGCUGGGAUUUGCCUUUCAAAUGUCAACCUUUUAAAUUCUAAUUACAUUUCAUUUGCUAUCCCAAAUAAAACUACGAAUUACUCAGUUAAUGGUGUAUCCACCCGUGGCUAUUUUUUCGUGGAUUACACCUUGAAGGACUUAUCCAAUGUCUUCUUAUCUCAGGGAGUAUUUUCUCGGUCACCUCUACUUGAUGCCAAUGGUUAUCUAAUUCUUACUGUCAAUGAUGUAGUCAAAUCAGUGGCGCCACAAACACCAAGUCUGUGGUUGAAUAUUCAGUGGUUUGGUUGCUUCAUCACUUCACCAUUAACCGCCAAACUUGUCGGGAUGUGUAAACCACGCGCUCUCGCUGCUAUACUCCCUCUGCUUCUUCCUUUUCUUCUAAAUUCUCUCUUUCUAGCUCUUGUUUCUGCUCAAACUAACAAGAGAUAUGAUUGGAAUACACUUGCCGGUAAUCCGCCGUUGGUCAUAGCACAUGGUGGUUUUUCAGGGAUAGGUGGUUUUUCGGGGAUAUUUCCUGAUUCGAGUGGUGCUGCUUAUGGUUUGGCCUUAGAAACGAGCUUACCGGAUGUCGCUCUAUGGUGUGAUGUGCAAUUGACAAAAGAUGCAGCUGGGAUUUUCCUUCCAAAUGUCAACCUUUUAAAUUCUAAUUACAUUUCAUUUGCUAUCCCGAAUAAAACUACGAAUUACUCAGUUAAUGGUGUAUCCACCCGUGGCUAUUUUUCCAUGGAUUACACCUUGAAGGACUUAUCCAAUGUCUUCUUAUCUCAGGGAGUAUUUUCUCGGUCAACUCUACUUGAUGCCAAUGGUUAUCUAAUUGUUACUGUCAAUGAUGUAGUCAAUUCAGUGGCGCCACAAACACCAAGUCUGGGGUUGAAUAUUCAGGAAAAUGGAAUCAUGAUGCGUUCUACACACAGCACAAGUUGAGCAUUAGAAGCUAUGUACUUUCAGUUUCUAGAAGUGUGCCUGUCA